AUGUCUACCUCUACCGAGUCGUAUCUCUCGCAUGCCCGUUACGGGAAGGAUAAAGUGCGCGUGUUCCGCGUUGUACGCGAAGGAAAGUGGCACCACGUCGUCGAAUACAAUGUCACUGCGCUCUUGGAAGGAGCGAUCGACAUCAGCUAUACAAAGGCGGAUAACUCGGUUGUGGUAGCCACCGAUUCAAUUAAAAACAUCACAUACUACCUCGCCAAGAUCUCGCCGCAUGUUUUGUAUCCCGAGCGCUUCGCCAUUCACCUUGGGACGCAUCUCGUCUCGAAGUAUGCUCACAUAAACAAGGCAUUCAUUAAGAUUGAAAAGCUGCGAUGGGCACGCAUUCCGAUCAAAACGGGAGUCGAGGGGCAAGAGGAGAUCAAGCUCCACCCGCACUCGUUUUACCGUGAUGGUGAGGAUAAGCGCUUCACGAGUGUUGAGAUUGAUGCGACAGAGGACAAAGAUAACAUUAGAGCGAAAGUCACUUCUGGUAUUACCGAUCUGCUGGUGCUGAAGUCUACCGGCUCGGCUUUCGAGUCGUUCAUCCGCGACGAAUACACCACACUCGUUGAGGUAGACGAUCGGAUCUUCAGCACGUCGAUCGACUUGUCGUACGUUUAUAAGCCAUUCAAUGUCUCCGCGCCCUUGGACGAGAAGAAGCUCGUCGUGAAUAUUGAAGGCAAGGACGCGGAGGUGGGGACGCCAUGGGAUGGUGAGACGGUGUCUGAUAGUGCGAGGAAGAUCACGCUAGAUGUCUUUGCGGAAGACGAGAGUGCAAGUGUCCAGGCGACGCUAUACAAGAUGGCGCAGCAAAUACUAGCGCAGAAUCCGUAUGUCGAGAGCGCGACGUACGCUCUGCCGAACAAGCACUAUGUCCCGGUGGACAUGCGGUAUAUUGGGGGCAAAGGCGGAGGUGUUUGUGCCCCUCACGGCCCCGAGCAACCAUCUCACGCAAGUGACGAUGACGUCACCGCUCCACAACGCCAGUCUACUCCGCAGCAGCCGUUUCUGGGGGCGCUGACUGUGGGCUUCCAGGCUGGCGGAGUUGCAAUGCAUGUAUUUCUAUGGCGUAUACAAAUAAAGAGCGUGACAGGCGAAUGCGUGAAACGCCGCGGCGUGACGGGCGAUAGGGCGAUGACGUCAGGGGAAGGGUCACCCGUCGGCGUCUUUAUGGCCUCUGUCGGGCUCUGUCCCUCUUCGCUUUCCUUCUCUCCACCAGUCCACCAGCACUGUCCUCCACUCGCCCUCGCUGCCAUGGCCGGCGACCACAAGGUCCGUCUCGUCGUCCGCGACCUCCCCCUCGUUCCCAACGCUCACCGCUCCUCCGUCUACAGUGUCCCGUAUGUCAGUCAACGUUCACCCGCCCUCAGCAUGUCGCAAGACAUAUGCGUUCCCACACCGGCGAUCGGCCGUAUAAAUGCCAACAUUGUGGAGACCAGUUUGCGCGAAGCGAUCUGCUCUCGCGACAUGUCAAUAAAUGCCAUGCAGCAGAGAAACCACCCACCACUACUGCUCCUAAUCGUCGUAAAGGCUCUGCUGCUGCUUCCCGCGCAACGACUUCAAAGCAAGCUUGUGACCAAUGUGUCCAAUCAAGUCUUCCUUGUGAUGGAGCAAACCCGUGCUCGGAAGUGCCGGUGCACCUAUGUCAAGUUCCACCGUCAAACUGCCCCCGCAGGUCCAGGACAUCCUGUUCCCACCCAGUCCAAUCAAUCUGGUCGACAUGGUCUUACCCAGGGUUCCUCUCGUCUUCCUGACGACUUUAUUCUCCCCUCCCCGCAGGGCUCAUUCGGCUUCCCUUCCCUUUAUCCCCCCAACACUAAUUCCAACGCAGAGUUCGCGAUGCCCCAAGCUUCAGCCACAAUGUAUCCCCACGGGUAUCCUAACACAGCGCUUGAUCCCCGUGAAUCUGCCGCUGCUCUCGCGAUAUCUGCCAACACCCGCGAUUCUUUAAACGACUCACCCGAUGCUUUGGCUAGAUAUCGUGCCCAGGCUGAGCUCCUCUCUCGCGCCGGGGUGCUUCCCAAUGGCUCCCUCGCAGUCGGCGCUCCUGCUCAUCCUGCUGAAGGCGUCAUACCCGCCCACACGUUAUACGGCGAUCCGCAGGCGCAGGCGCAUUUCAAUCGCUAUUCAAUCUCCAUGCCAGCGAAUACCUCUUGGGCACAAUCGCAUGACACCCAUCAGCAGCAGUCGUUUCAUGCCGUGGAUGCCCAGCGCAAGGAGUACGAGUCGGCCUAUGCAACCUCGAGGCAGUCCUUUCCUGUGCGAGAGGGAGGACCAGUCACAGGUGCAGGUGAACCAACACUUCAGACCCAUCCUCCCACACAUGGUGCAUCAUUUCCGCCCGUAUCCUCCUCAAAUGGAAGCAGCUACCACGUCCAAGGUCUCGCCUUCCACCGAGCAGAAGACCUAAGCGAUGAUUUUGGCAGCGACGGAGGUAGUACUAAUCACUCACGUUCAAUACCCGGAAGCGCCAACUCGAGUCAGGUCCAUCUUCCAUCACCAGAUACCCACAACCAGAACAUGCGACAAAGCACAUAUAGCCUCCCUGGCUUUACACAUUUGGAAUCCAUGCAGAACAUGCAGAAUGGAAAUCCGCCUUCCCAGAACCAUAAUGAUAGCACGAAUAAGCACGAAUACGGAAGCAGUGUGUUCGGAAAUGAUUCCCAGGGUGAGGGAGGCUUCUCAUCCGCGUUCGGACUCAUGUCGCUCGAUGACCCAAACGUUCUGGCUGGGUUCUCCGCAGAUUCCGCUCCCUUUUUUUCCCACCUAUCGUCGCAGCCGGGUUCUCAAUCGAACCAACAUGGUUCCAUGAGUAGCCUGAGUUUUCCUACUCCUACGCAGGAUCUGAUCGCGGCGAUGAAAACGGGAAAGAGCGAUAUGGACUCGAAGGAAAUGCGAGACUUUUGGAAGAUGUACGUUCGCACACCUCUUAGUGGACCUGGGGGUGCAAACGCGCUUUCGCUUGUAACCCCCACGGGUACGGGCCAAAUAUUGGGCCGCCCAUCACCUUCACGACGUCAUUCGAGGGUUGCAUCGCUUCCGAGUAUGAAGACCCCGCCGCUGAACGGGGAUGCUCUCACCGGACCGUACCCGCCCUCGACUCGUCACAAUAUUAAUGCCGGUCACCAAGCGUCGCACGGGGAACCUGGGCGAGAAAAGCUUGAAGAUGGAGAUAAUGCGUUCUCGUCGAUGCGCACUACACUAUACGACGCAGAUGACCUGAAAAGCUAUGAGCAAGCAGUUUUGGCGCGAAAAACGUCCAUUAAUCUGAAUCUCGUACCGAAGCGCAGAGGCACUAUGCCAGGGGGAACAACCAUUCCGAGUGAGCUGCAACAUUCGGGGCAGAAUCAAAAUGUGCACACGAGUAAAAGCGCCAGCCCGGUUGUCCCUCACCUGCCUCCCCCUUCUUCCUAUGUGCCGAAUAAAAUCCCAGAUCUUUUAAACCGGCCCUCAUCCACGGCAUCCAAUUCCUCGUCUUUGGCACACGCGUUCGGUAAUACUGAUCACAGUGGACAGGUGCAGCCACAAUCGCGCCCAUCAUCGCAAAGUGGCCCCCAGACAUUUCGUCCUCCCUCGGUCGAGUCCAGUACAGUCAUUGGGAGCGAAAUUGGGACCGAUUCUGAUUCGUUAUACCGGCCGUCGUUCAAGCGUCUCGCAUCCCAGACUCUAGGACCUGAAAACACCAAACGGGCACUCCUCGGCCCUGCUGGUUGGGAUGAUGAUGCCGUAGAUGAUGAUGACGAUGACGAUGCGGAAUUCACCAUGAGGCGAUCUGUCUCGGAGGCGGACCCCAGCACUGGAAACAUCAAGUAUGGUGGUGUUGCAGACCGCCCGAUUGUUGGUUUAUCGGAUCGCCAUCGUCGCUCGAGCUAUCCCAGUGCGAGUGCGCCAAUAACGCAGGGCAGUACGUCUAUGCAGCCUCUCGUCCGAGGUGCGGAAGCGGCGUUGGGCACAUAA